AUGGUUAUGUCAGCAUCGAUAUUAGCGGGGAAGACUCUCCUCAAAAAGGACGGCAGUGCUGUAAGUGCUGAUGAAGUGAUGCUCAAAAAGGACAUCAUUGCACUGUAUUUCGCUGCCCACUGGUGCCCCGAUUGCAGAGCUUUCACCCCCACUGUUAACAAAUUCUAUGAAGAUGUGAAGGCCAAGAAUCCCGACAAGUUGGAGAUCAUUUUCAUUUCGAGUGAUAAGUCGGAGAAUGAACAGGUCGCUUACCAUCAGAACGAUAUGCCCGAUUGGUUGAGGGUUCCUUUCAACGAUAAGCGCACUCGUGCUGUACUGAAGAAGGAAUAUGGAGUGUGCGCUAAGAAGGAGAUGGAAGAUAUUGGAAUGAGCGAUUCGCAACGGAAGGCUGGAAUCCCGACGCUUGUGGUACUCAGCAAGAAUCGCAGAACAGUGAAGGUUUUCGACGCAGGCGCUGAUAUCGAAAAGUACGGCGAUGCAGCUGUUGAUCGUUGGUAGAUGUGCGCUUUUCGGAACCUGUGUUACUGCCCUUUGUUCAUUAUCACAAGCGCUGUUACUCGC